AUGGGUUCCUUCGAUCAAAGCGUGGAUCUUGCGAGCAUCGCUCAGAUCUUUGCUGGAUUUUCCUCGUCGAAUCCAGGCGGAGGAUUUCCAGUCUUGCGGCCACCUCUACCGCCAGGGCCUCCGCCACCGCCUUCUGCUAGUAGUGUCGCUGGUAGUGGCGGUGGUGGUGGUGGUGGUGGUGGUGGUGGAACCGCAGCUGCUAAUUCUUCUUAUGGACAGUGGAAAUGGACGAGACUUAUUGAUCGGCUGGCGGAGUGGCCUUUGCCCGUGGUUGGACCUUCCGCCCGCGCUUUAGCCUUUAAAAUGGAGCCGCAUGGGGAGAAGAUUUUCCUGGAGCGAUGCUUGGGAUGGAGCGAGUCUUUUUCUCGCUUGCUGCUCUUGCUGUUCUUGCUGCUGCCGCAACCAACGAGCAAGGAAUCGUCUCUGGUUCACAGCUACAAGCACGGUUUCAAUGGCUUCUCCGCCUUCUUGACUGCAGCCGAAGCCGACUCCAUUGCAAAGCUUCCUGGCGUGGUUAAGGUUUUCCGUUCCAAAAAACUCAGUCUCCACACAACACGCUCCUGGGAUUUUCUCGACAGCUUUUCUGGUGGUCCGCACAUUCAACUCAACUCUAGCUCCGGAUCGGAUGUCAUUGUGGGAGUCCUGGAUACUGGUGUUUGGCCGGAGUCCAAGAGCUUCGACGACGCUGGGAUGGGACCGGUGCCAAAGAGAUGGAAAGGAGUAUGUGACAAUUCCAAAAUCACCAAUCAUUCACACACGAUCCACUGCAACAAGAAAAUUGUAGGAGCUCGAUCUUAUGGACACUCGGACGUGGGGAGCCGUUAUCAAAACGCUCGGGACGAAGAGGGGCAUGGAACUCACACGGCCUCCACCAUCGCUGGAAGCCUGGUAAAAGACGCCACUUUUUUAACAACUCUUGGAAAAGGAGUUGCUCGAGGGGGCCAUCCAUCCGCAAGGCUUGCGAUCUACAGGGUUUGCACGCCAGAAUGUGAGGGUGACAACAUUCUGGCAGCAUUCGACGACGCAAUUCACGACGGUGUAGAUAUUCUCUCGUUAUCGCUGGGUUUAGGUACCACCGGAUAUGACGGGGAUUCCAUAUCCAUUGGUGCUUUCCAUGCAAUGCAGAAGGGAAUUUUUGUAUCAUGUUCUGCUGGAAAUGGAGGUCCAGGCUUCCAAACCAUCGAGAACUCGGCUCCAUGGAUUUUGACAGUGGGAGCAAGCACUAUCGACAGGAAGUUCUCGGUCGACAUCACACUUGGAAACUCUAAAACCAUUCAGGUCAAGGGAAAGAUUGUCUUGUGCAAUUACAGUCCGGGCGUUGCAUCAUCCUGGGCCAUCCAGCGACAUCUUAAAGAACUUGGUGCCUCUGGAGUAAUUUUGGCGAUUGAAAAUACGACAGAGGCAGUGUCCUUCCUUGAUCUUGCUGGAGCUGCUGUCACUGGGAGCGCCUUGGACGAGAUUAAUGCCUACCUGAAGAACUCGAGGUACACAAGCUUUCAUGCAUUUUUGCCCGAUCUCGUUGCUCCUGGUGUGGACAUACUGGCUGCAUGGAGUCCCGAGCAGCCCAUCAACUAUUAUGGCAAGCCAAUGUACACCGACUUCAACAUAAUCUCUGGAACUUCCAUGGGGUGUCCUCACGCCAGUGCUGCCGCGGCCUUUGUCAAAUCCAGGCACCCGAGUUGGAGUCCAGCAGCCAUCAAGUCGGCUCUCAUGACAACAGCACGCUUCCUGGACAACACAAAGAGCCCAAUCAAAGACCACAAUGGGGAAGAAGCUUCACCAUUUGUGAUGGGAGCCGGACAGAUUGAUCCAGUCGCAGCUCUUAGUCCUGGCCUGGUCUACGACAUAUCUCCGGAUGAGUACACGAAGUUUUUAUGCACGAUGAACUACACAAGGGAUCAGCUGGAGCUCAUGACUGGAAAGAACUUAUCUUGUGCACCCCUGGACUCCUACGUGGAGUUGAACUAUCCAUCCAUCGCGGUUCCCAUCGCUCAGUUUGGCGGGCCAAAUUCCACCAAAGCGGUGGUGAACAGGAAAGUUACCAACGUUGGAGCUGGCAAGUCGGUCUACAACAUUUCAGUAGAAGCUCCGGCGGGAGUGACUGUCGCGGUGUUUCCUCCACAGCUCAGGUUUAAAUCCGUGUUCCAGGUUCUAAGUUUCCAGAUCCAGUUCACAGUUGAUUCAUCCAAGUUCCCACAAACGGUGCUAUGGGGCUAUGGAACACUGACAUGGAAGAGUGAGAAGCACUCGGAGGAGGAGGAGAGACGAGAACUCUAUGCCAACGCCUGA